UUCGAGGUUAUAGAAACUUAAGGAAUCGUGUUCAGAAUUCCGUUGUAGAGCUUUUCAACAUAAAUAUUCUCUCUGAUUUACUUAAUAUGUAAAACCACCUGUGAAGAUUGUAUAGGAUUAUGAAAUAGUUUAUAAUCAAUCAACUUCCCUUGUCUGGAUUGAUCUCUGGCCCUGAUGAUGAUAAAAUGUUCACUCUGUGCGAUCUGACUCCAUGAUUAUUUUUACAUCCUUUCAUAGGUUUUGCACCCCUUGCAUUUCUCAAGAUCCCUCUAAUCCCUGUCUUAUCUAUAUAAGGUAAAUAGUUACCUAUUAUAAGUCUUUGAGUAAUCACAAUAAAUGUAUAGCUUUGCUCAUUUCCGUUAGGAUGAAAGAGGACUAAAUCAUAUUGUUCAAUAUGUCUGAAUUGUAGCGUUUCUUCAAAUGAGAACGUUUGUGUCUCAGGGUUGAUAACUGAUAUUUUUAAACUUUUUUUCCCCCCGUCACACCUUUUGGCUACUUUUUAAAUGCUUGUUAUGUGUAGAUUUUAUUGUUUUGCCCUUGUCCCAGAUCCAAACUUUCAAUGCAACAUAAAGAUAUGAAUUAUUGCAAGAUCUGUGGAGAACUGGCUGUGCACAUGCUCUGGACAUUUGGGUCCCCGAGAGCCCGACCAGGGACAUGUGAUCCCAUUUCCCACCUACUUUUCCUUUUCUCUUCUUUUAGAAAAAAGCCCCUGCAAUUAUAUAGGAGAUAGUAAUUUUUCAUAAUUGUAACAAUCAUACAACAAUUUCAUUUCAUUUUUUUAAACAAAUUAUACUGUUCCUCUGUGUGGCAUAAUUUCCAGCACAGCCAACAAUUUUUCCCCUAUACAUUUUUUUUUUUUUUUAAGUGUACUGGUUACCAAAGAGAAUUUUUGAGAUGAUCAAAGAAAAACCAAGGCAAAUAUCUGUUAUUUGUAGAUUGUUUGUUGUGUGUAUCAUUUCAAGCAGUUUAAUUUAGAGUACAUUCAUUUGUUUCUCAAAAACAUUUAAAAUGAAUUUCCACCACAGAAUGCUAUCAGAUACAAUAUAAUUUGGGGAAAAUUACAGAAUUUUCCUGUAAUGCCUACUGUUGGACAUUGUAAAUAGAGAAAAAUAAACAAAUGUAUUUUCUGAAAGUCCUCAGGUUGUCUCUACAGGCUGUCCAUAAACUCUUUACUGCUGAAGAAACUCUCUAUAAACUCGUUUCGUUAUUUAUUACAUUCCCUGAGUGUAUCUUGGCACUAUUCAAAGAUGCUGUCACCAAAGACCCUUCUCAAAACACCAAAAACAGUCACGAGGAAACUUCUGUAUGCGCUCAUUUGCAUUAAGUGCGACUGUUUACGGAGCUCAUUGGCCGUUCCAGCAGCGAAGGCCCCGCCUCCCGUCCAGCUGCGCCACCGGAUUGGCUGCCCCGGUCGCCUGUCACCGAGACAUCAGUAGAGGCACGAGUUCGCGCUGCUCUGGCUGAAGUGUGAUCAGUUUCAGCCGCGUAGUGGGACUCAGCUAGACCUGAUGCACAAGUCAAGGCGACGCGCAGCGGAGAUGAAGCCGGAUUGGCUCUGAUUUUUAAAAGCCCUUUCAUUCAAGAGGCUGUCCAUUAUCAACAUGGCAGAACCGUCGGUUCCAGAACCCCCUCAAAAAAUGGCGUCACUUAGCCGGGUCCGAGCCUUUGCUUUGAUUUUCUUAACUGCAAGCAGUUAUUUAAUUACUCCCACAAGUGGCAAGGAAGGAGGGGGAGAGGAGACUGUCAUCAUCGGGCUGAGGCUGGAGGACACGGACGACAUUUCCUUCAUGGACAGGGGCUAUUUGCGGGUCAGUGAGAGGUCUCGGGUGAGAUUGAGGGUGUACGGGCAAAACAUUAACAACGAGACGUGGUCCAAAAUCGCCUUUACGGAGCACGAGAGGAGUCGAGUGAUUGGCAACAUCGACAGCUCCUCAGGAGACAACAAGAGUCAGGAGGACACGUCGGGCUUGCACCCCUGUGGCAUCAGGACUUCAGAUAUUCUCAUCUUACCCAACAUCAUUGUAAAUCGCAAGUCGUCUGGUAUCGUUGAAAUCGAGGUCAAACCUCUGCGAAAGACUGAGAGGAGCAAAGCGUACUACCUGUGCAUCGCCACUUCCACACCUGCUGUGGCUGGCAUGCACGACCCGUGGACGGAGACCACGUGGAUCUAUCACGAUGGAGAGGACACCAAAGUGAUCGUGGUGGAGGAGAAAAAGUUCCUGCUCCCUUUCUGGCUUCAGGUCAUCUUUAUUUCCAUGCUGCUCUGCCUCUCGGGCAUGUUCAGCGGCUUGAACUUGGGUCUGAUGGCGCUGGAUCCCAUGGAGCUCCAGAUCGUCCAGAACUGCGGGACGGAGAAGGAGAAGAACUACGCCAGGAAGAUCGAACCCGUCAGGAGUCAAGGAAACUACCUGCUUUGCUCGCUUCUCUUGGGGAAUGUUCUGGUCAACACGACCUUGACCAUUUUGUUGGAUGAUAUCGCCGGUUCUGGAUUGAUAGCUGUAGUGAUGUCAACCAUUGGCAUUGUGAUAUUCGGGGAGAUUGUGCCUCAGGCUAUAUGUUCACGACACGGUCUCGCUGUGGGUGCGAAUACAAUCUUCUUGACCAAAUUCUUCAUGCUGCUCACUUUCCCUGCGUCCUAUCCGGUAAGUAAACUGCUCGAUUAUCUCCUCGGACAGGAGAUUGGCACCGUGUACAACCGAGAGAAGCUCUUGGAGAUGUUGAGGGUCACGGAUCCCUAUAAUGACUUGGUGAAAGAGGAGUUAAACAUCAUUCAGGGCGCACUGGAGCUCAGGACUAAAACCGUGGAAGAUGUGAUGACCCCGCUGCGCGAUUGCUUCAUGAUCGGCGGCGACGCCACGCUCGACUUCAACACCAUGAGUGAGAUCAUGGAGAGCGGCUACACGCGCAUUCCGGUAUUCGAAGGCGACAGAUCCAACAUCGUGGACUUGCUGUUCGUGAAGGACCUUGCGUUUGUGGAUCCCGACGACUGCACCCCGCUGAAGACGAUAACGAAGUUCUACAGCCAUCCCUUACAUUUCGUCUUCAACGACACUAAACUCGACGCUAUGCUGGAGGAGUUCAAGAAAGGUAAAUCUCACCUGGCAAUAGUCCAGCGUGUUAACAACGAAGGUGAAGGUGACCCAUUCUACGAAGUACUUGGCAUUAUCACCCUGGAGGAUGUCAUUGAAGAAAUCAUCAAGUCUGAAAUCCUGGAUGAGACAGACUUAUAUACUGACAACAAAACAAAAAAGAAAAUCACCCAUCGAGAGAGGAAGCAGGAUUUCUCGGCUUUCAAGCACAUGGACAAUGAAAUGAAGGUUAAAAUAUCACCUCAGCUUCUACUGGCUACUCUGCGUUUCCUAGCAACAGAAGUUGAGCCAUUCAGUCCCAGCCAGAUGUCUGAGAAGAUCCUUCUGCGGCUCCUCAAGCACCCCAACGUCAUCCAGGAGGUCAAAUAUAAUGAGAAGAAUAAGAAGGCCAUCGAGCAUUACCUUUUCCACCGCAACAAGCCCGUGGACUAUUUCAUCCUCAUUCUGCAGGGGAAGGUGGAAGUGGAGGCAGGGAAGGAGGGAAUGAAGUUUGAAGCUGGAGCUUUCUCCUCGUAUGGGAUCAUGGCUCUCACCGCUUCUCCAGAAAACAAAUCCCCACCUCGGUCAUUUGGACUAAACCAUUCUGACUCGUUAAAUCGUAGCGAGCGGAUUGAAGCCAUCACACCAUCACUGGGCAGCAGUAACAACCAGCUCAAUGCCUUCCUGCAGAUCUAUGUGCCAGACUAUUCUGUCAGAGCUGUGUCAGACAUCCAGUACAUUAAGGUAACACGGCAGCAGUACCAGAAUGCCGUCAUGGCAUCACGUAUUGACAAGACGCCACAGUCCUCAGAGAGCGAGUACACCAAAAUCGAAAUGACUUUGACAGAGCUCCAUGACAGAGUGACCGAUGAAACCACCGCUCUGUUCAACCAGACACAGAACUGCGUCGCCCACAACAAGUCGAACCACACAGGACACAGUGAGGGGGCCAUCUAGCCCUCAGUGGGGUGGUGGAGCGAAGCCAAUAGCAGAAACCUAGAGCUGCCUCACCACCCCAAACGACUCUAAUCUGGUAGUGCAGUACUACUGGGGCCAGAGCUUGGGUUGACCCAAGGCAAAAUGGGAUAGUCCAGUGACACGCUUCGGUCUCAUUAAGAUUUCAGAUAAACCACAGUGUUUAUGUCCCCCAGCCAAAGAGUUUGGAGGAUGGACAGUCUUGUGCUCUGACAAGCCCCUCCAGCUACACUCAAACUGCCCCGUGAUGUUCACAAACACAAAAGAUAUACUCCAGGCAGAUGCUGUUAUAGGGUAAAUCAAAGACUGUUCCAAAUACUGCUUUGAAGGAAACCGUGAACCAAGAGCAUUCUACUCACAUAUUUAUUUAUUUUGUAUGCCUUUGUAUAUACAUGCAUGUCUGAGGAUAUAAUUGUCGGCACAUGCAAACACCUCUCUGUACAUUGUGCAUGUGUAUGUGUGUGCCUCUAUGAGUGUCACUGAUAUCAUGCACAUGCUAUAUAUACAUAGUUUCAAAGACAUCAUUGUAUACAGGGCUUGACAUUAAUUUUUUUUGCUCACCAGCCACUGUUGCUAGUGGUUUUUCAAAGUUACUAGCCACUCAGCAUUUUCACUGGCCACAAUUUUCACUCAAAAUGGCAUUUUGACAUUAUUUUGUGUGCAUUUGACUGUUUAAGCUCAAUAAGCAGCGAAAAAGAACUCAAUAUAGUACUGAGGAGUGGCUUUAUGUGUGUGCUCUUUGGAUGUGAGCACAAAAUCUGGAUCUGGAAUCAGUAAAAUUACGCAUAAUCCCACACCGAAAUUCAAGCCUUGUAACACCAACAAUAUUCAUCCAGAGCAAAUGAGACGAGUGAGUGAGGGGAGGCGGGUUUAUGUGUCAACUCGCUGUCGGAGAGAAGAGAGAGUGAGAAAGCGCAGCUGGUAUCAUGUAUCUAUUUUGCAGAAAAUGAGUUUUGGAAGCAUUUCAGAUAAUUCAGUAUCAAUAUGUAUAAAAAAAAUCUAUAUUUUUGACAACACUACAUUGCACUUAGUUUAUUAUUUCAGAUGCCUUUUUAAAAGACUACAAUUGAAAAAUGUAUAUAUUAUAUAUAAAAUUCAACCUGCCAAAGUGGCUAGCAGGAGUGACUGCGUUACAAGCCACUGCUGAAAUCUACCCACAUUUGGCAGGUUGGCGGGUGUUAAUGUCAAGCCCUGAUUAUAUAUGUACUGGUGAGGGUCUUUUACAUGUAUAUUUCAGAAAUAUUCCACAAUACCUUUUACACCUUUUUUUUUUUUUUUUUUUU